AUGGAAGCUAUUUCGUCAUGUCAUCGAUGCGGCCGAUUAGCAGAGCCUCAUUCCCUCUCACAUCCCCUUUUCCGCAUUCCAUCUCUCCCCCCUCCCUCAUUCCCUCUUCCAUCCCCUUACCCGCUCAUCCCUGAAUUCGCACGCCUCCCUUUUUCCAACGACUUCCUCUCACCUCAUCCCUCUCUGCUGCACCCUUUUCUCCAUCCUCUUCCUCUCCCCUCAUCCCUCUCUGCUGCACCCUUUUCUCCAUCCUCUUCCUCUCACCCCAUCCCUCUCUGCUGCACCCUUUCGUGCACUGAUGGCCGUGGGCACAUGGCGUGGGAAUGCACAGCAGGCGUCACCUGCAGCAUCUGCGGGCAGACGGGCCAUCUGCAGCGCAACUGUCGCAACGUCUCCUGCCACAAGUGCGGUCGCAAGGGCCAUAUUUCCAAAUUCUGCAAUGAUCCAUUUGCCAGGGCAGCUGAGGCUGAGCGCAUGGAGAGGCAGCAGGCAAUCAUGUCUGCAAGGGCGGCACAGACUCAGAGACAUGUGGCCCGGCGAUCAGUCAUCCAUGCCACGCCUCACGCGCCUGGCAAGGGCAUGACCACAGCGUGGGAUGGGCUAGGCCGAUCCGUACCGCAUACCCCUCCUGUCUUGAUUCUCAAGUCCCCCCCUGCUGCUAAAGCUGCAACCAAGGAAGCUACUGCUGCUCCUUCAGGUCUUAGCUCCAUUCAUGCUCUUCCUGCUUCUGGUGCUGCUAGUUCUGCCGGUGGUGCUGGUUCUGCCAGUGGUGGUGGUGGUGUGGGUGCGGCUGCAGUUGGAGACAAGAGGAAGGUGGAGGAGUUGGAGGAUGGGGCGGGCGGUGGGCUGAGAGGGUUGCUGGCGUAUGAGGAAAAGCAGGCUUACCAGUGA